AUGGCAAGACGAGCGAAAAAACGUUUUUCAAAAACUAACCACAAGAGAUCUGCUGCAGCAGAAGAGGACAAAACCACAAAUGUUUCCAGCAGACUAGUCUCGGGAUGCCUUAAUGAUACAAAUAAUACAACAAUAAAACAAGAAGAACCAUCACAACAAUUAAAGAAAUGUAAAAUAGAAGUUGUAGAAAAAUCUAUAGCAGAUGUAGAUUUAAGGCUACGAAAUAUAUAUCAUGAUGAAGAAGCUUCACAUCGACAACAAGAAAUAUUAGGGAAUUCAUUCGUAAGAUACCUUCCACCUGUUUUUGGAAAAACAACACACGAAAGCCUUAAAAAUCUCACUGUACGAAAGGAGAAGAUAUUUAGGUAUGAAUUAUUCCCUGAAUGUAUUUAUCCACCAGAGAAACAAGAUCUUGGUGAAUUGAUUGCAAAUUUGAUAAAAGUUAGUGUGAAAAGUCUUUUGGAAGGUAAAUUAUCUGAAAAGGAGCAAAAAUUAAGAAUUACUUUAACUGGAAGAUCAGGUGAUGGAAAAACUUUCUUACUAUAUUAUUUAGCCAAUAAGUGUAAUGAUUCCUGUAUUUUUAUUCCAAUUCAUCUUUCAAUUAAUGAGUUUUUUUAUAGAGCUAGAAUUCCUGAUGAAGAUGCUCUGUUGAUUGACUGUGGAGUGUUAAUUUGCUCCUAUUUGACCUAUGUUCAAGAGUUUUUGGAGAGUGGCAUUACCAAUCCUUACAAAAUUAUGGAACUGUUCAACAAUACAUAUUCAAGAAAGGUAAUGGAGAGAGCAAUAACAUUUGCAAGCACCAACAGUAAUAUGUUAGUACGAGUAGAAUGUCAAAAAUUGAGUAACAAAUUUGGUAAAUAUCCAGUGUUUGUUAUUGAUGAAGCACAUAUCAUGGCCUCAUCUCUUGCCAACAAAAUUUCAAAUGAUGAUGGAAAAAGAAAUGAAUCUGCAUUGACUGCAAUAACGAGAGUGGCAGGAUCAAUCCCUGUAAUUUGUUGCUCCACCAAGAUAUCCGGAGUUAAUCUAGGAAUAGAUGUUUCUGGUUCUGAGCAUUUGUACAAGUUUAAUUUAACAACAGAUAUUAUUGAUAUACCAAAGAGAGACAUUUCCCCAAGCGAUUUCAUUUCCUUCUUUAUUAACCCUUUUGAGAAUGAAGAUGUAAAACUCUUUACAAAUAUGCUUCUCUCUGAAUGCCCAGUCCGUAUUCAUACAAUGAUUAUAGAUGAGUACUGGUUAGUUAUGGACAAAAACUUCCAAACAGAUUCAAACUCCAAAACAUGGAAUCUGAAGAAAGCUAUUAAGGGAGUGCUCACAAAUCAAAUGCCUUCUUUAGGAAAAAAAAUGAAAGAGGAGUUUGAUAAUAUUACUAAUGAACGGCUAAAAAAGCUAUUAUUCUUUGUUUGGACAGGUUUAAAUCCUAACAUUGAAAACAAUUCAGAUUUUGACUCGAGUUCACUAAAGAGCGUGGUACAAGAAUUCAACCUCCAUUCACAUGAUUUGUCUCAAGAGUAUGAAUUGUUCUCUCAACAAAUGCUGCAUCUGGGAUGUGGUAAACCAAAGGACGGAACUUAUAGAUUUUCUGAUGCUUUUUUUAGGUUUGGAUAUUUUGAAUCCAUGAGAGAUGAUAAUUGGUACACAUAUGUUGAAAACUUGGGGAGCUGGGAAACCACUUACAAGUUGCGUUUUGUUUGCAGGGGCAAAAGGCACUUGGUUGGAUAA